AACUGAAUCUUCACUCAGUUCUAAUCGGACCGGUAUUGCUGAUCGAUCGCUGUGUGCUUUUACACUAUCUUUAAUUAAGUACAGAUCCUUGCACGUUUAGCGUUUAUUAGAAAAAAGUGUAUUCAUACAAACAAUGGUUAUAGAAACGUGGAAACAGUCAGGCAUUGCAACCAAAUUUCCUACGUAUCGAAAUUCGAAACUUAUCACAACUAAAGGUUGGCUCGUAGGUAAACAAAAGGACGAUGAAGCCGAAGGCUUAUGGCGAAUCUAUGAUGGCAUCUAUGAUUUCACCGAAUUUAUUAAUAAGCACCCGGGUGGCGAAUUUUGGUUAGUUGAAUCGAAGGGUACCGACAUUACCGAAGCAUUUGAGGCUCAUCAUAUAUCAAAAGCGCCUCAUAAGUUACUUGAAAAGUAUAAAGUACGUGAGGCCAAAAACCCGCGCAUUUAUACACUCACUUUACACGAAGAUGGAUUCUAUAAAAUAUUGCGAGAACGUGUACGUGAGACACUGAAAACAAUUGAUACCACGCCAAAGAGGAAGAGUGAUCUGAUACACUUGUCAUUAUUUGUGUCCAUAUUUAUUUUCGCUGUAUUAAGCGCGCGCCUAAAUAGUUUACUCUUCUUAGCGCUGGCCGGCACAGCGCUAUGUUGGACCACCAUUGUAUCGCAUAAUUAUUUCCACAGGCGCGACAACUGGCGUAUGUACACCUUCAAUUUGAGCAUGAUGAACUUCUGUUCGUGGCGUAUUUCUCAUGCACUCUCCCACCACAUCUACCCUAAUUCAUACUUCGAUUUGGAAUUGUCAAUGUUUGAGCCGCUUGUUUGCUGGAUUCCCAAUCCAUAUAUAAAGAGCAAGAUGAUGCGCUAUCUCUCAAUAGUUACAGAGCCAUUGACUUAUUGCAUUGCUUUUCCAUUACAAAAGACAACAAGAAUCGUCUACUCGCUGUUUAAUAACAACAUUAUGUACUGGCAUGAUAUUCUGCCACUCAGCAUACCACUAGCCAUCUUUCUUUUCUCUGAUCUCUCACUGUUUCUAUCGCUGCGUCAGUGGAUAUUCAUCACAAUGAUUGCCAGUUUUGCUUUCUGUGUAAUCGGUUUAAAUGCUGCUCAUCACGACCCAGAGAUCUAUCAUGAGGGCGAUGCAGCUCGUUUGGAUCGUGAUUGGGGCCUCUUCCAGGUGGAUACAAUUAUUGAUCGAGGUGAUUUAAAGGGAUCACAAUUCUUGGUUUUAACGCAUUUCGGCGAUCAUAUUUUGCAUCAUUUGUUUCCAACUUUGGAUCACGGCAUUUUGCCUCAACUCUAUCCGGUUCUAUAUGAAACUCUCGACCAGUUUAAGGGGAAAUUACGUGAGUGCAAUCAUUUGGAGCACAUGCUAGGGCAGCAUAUGCAAUUGCUACGUACCAAGCCGAAUACAAAGCCUCCGGGAUCUCACAACUAAGAUGUGAUUAAAGGGAAAUUUCAAAUAAUAGUUACAAUUAAAGAGAUUUAGCUGAAUAUAAUUGUUAUCAAAGGCCAGCUUUUAUAUGGUUAGUUUUAAGUUAAUUGUCUAAGCUGAAUUCAAAUAAACUAAUAUUAUUUUGUAAUACGA